CCGAGUCUAUGAUGCGUUUGAACUAAUUAUGGACUGAAGUACCGUUACUCUCGCAAUUUCAAGUUAACGUUCAAGUUGUUGGUGAUGAAGUUCCGGUGGUGACCUGGCAAAACAAUCAGGCAAUCCUUGACAUUGCAACACCGACGUUCCUGUAUAUCCACAAAAGAUGUCUUCGAGUACUUUCGGAGAAUGGUUACUUAUUCACUACGCGUCGAUUAAGAGCCGAUCGCCAAACGAAGGUCGUAGACGAUGGAAGCUUCAGGUCGCACAGAAGUUCUGGGCUUCGAGCGAAAAAACGUUGUCAUCUACCACUGCCGUCGGUACUGAUGGCGAUGCGGAAUUCCACAUGGAUAGUGAUCCUUUUGACGAAGCGUCGACUAACAGAGAAGAGCUGGGGAUCUUGUUGCGAACUGAUUUUUCCGAUGAGGCUGCUUGGUUGGCUUUCUGCAGUCGAUUGCAAGAAGGAGAGAAGGAGUUUGCAGAUAGCCCUUUGGAAGAAGAUGACAUGACGAUGGACGAUCAACUUGAGCCCAACAAAGCAAGUCCGGGUGGUACCGCUGCAACUACUACGACAGCCAGCCAUGAAUCUGAUGAUGACUCGGAGAACUCACUCAGUGCAAUCUUUCACAUCAUCAAUCCGUCUUUAUCCCAGGAACGUGCUCUGCUAACCAACAUCUCAAAUCUUGCGGCGCUUCGCCUCUUUAAUGAUGUGGAUGUUCGACAAGCCCCCACUCCUCCACCAGAUACCAAACGCAUCAGGCCCCCAAACAGAUUAGUUGACUCAGGUGGCUGGCAGGAGGUCUAUGUGGGAAAGAACUUGUGGAUAUACGAUGCGAAGUCCAACAGCGAUCAAUGCGUGCGAGUGGUUAGUCAGAGCAGCUCGGACAUGUAUGGGACAGCAACGGCCGACAGCUGGAGAGCUAGGGUAUCUCACAUCUGCGAAUUGCAAGUAAACCUGUCUUCUGGCGCGAUGAAGAUCGAUUUUGGAGGCCUAGAUCGGUGGGAUUACGCGGAACGUCAACGAAACAUGCGGGAAGCUGAGACUCCAGGAGUUUUGUGAAUGUUCAUUAAGCCAUAGAUUCUACCAGGAAUUGAGAAAUGCAAUGUUUUUUUUGAGAUGCAAGCAGCCUGCUACAGUAAAAACGAUGCGUAGGGUAAACCUCAAUCUGUCCUCCACCACGCGACUUCCCCGGAAGAUUUUAAGAAGUGACAGUCCAGACACGAACAAGGUUGUCAGUGAAUCCACCAAACAACCGAGUAAAGGUGCUUGCCCUCGUUCAGGUCCCAAAGCAUGGUAAUGC